CAGAACAGGAUGGAUUGCUGGGAACUUCUUCUGGUGGCCUGGAGCACUUGCUUCUUCAGUCUGCCAAGUGAUGCCUUACAACGGAUUGCCCUCAAGAAAAUGACCUCAAUCCAGGAACACGUGAAAAUCAUGGGCAAGGAUUUGGGGAAGUUCAAAAUGGAGUGGAACUCCUAUGUUAAGCAGCUGUCCCUGAAUGAUGUAAUAUCCCCUGUUGUCCUCACCAAUUUCGAGGAUACCCAGUAUUACGGAGAGAUCAAUAUCGGGACCCCACCCCAAACCUUCCAAGUCGUUUUUGACACAGGCUCCGCUGACUUUUGGGUGCCCUCCAGCAGAUGUAGCCCACUCUACACAGCAUGUUGUAAGAUCCUAGCCCUGAGGUACCAAGUGUUCCACAGUCAAUAUGACUUCUCCAAAUCCUCCACUUACAAAGAGAAUGGGACUGAAUUCGGCAUCCGCUAUGCAUCGGGCCAAGUCAAGGGCUUCCUGAGCCAAGAUACAGUGACUGUUGGUGGGAUCAAAAUGACCCAGUUGUUUGGUGAGGUCACGGAGCUGCCCCUGAUGCCUUUUGGACUGGCCAGGUUUGAUGGGGUCCUGGGCCUCGGCUACCCUGCCCGGUCAAUGAGCGGGAUUCUUCCUAUCUUUGACAACAUAAUCUCCCAAGGGGUGCUGAAGGAAGAAGUCUUCUCUGUCUACUACAGCAGGAAUUCCAAGAAUUCACAUCUGUCAGGUGGAGAGGUUGUACUAGGAGGCACCGACCCCAACUAUUACCGAGGAGCCUUCCACUAUGUCAACAUCAGCCGUCCAGGCUUCUGGCAGAUCCAGAUAAAGGGGGUGACUGUCAAGUCCAAUGUGCUGGCCUGCCAGGACAGCUGCAUGGCCGCUGUGGACACAGGAGCUUCUUUCAUCACUGGUCCAACCGACUCCAUGAGGAUGCUGAUGAAGACACUGGGAGUUAAGGAAGUGGAUCAUCAGUAUCUUGUAGAAUGUGACCUGGCACCCACACUCCCGGAUAUCUCCUUCUACCUUGACGGCAAGGCCUUCACACUCCAUAGUUCUGACUAUGUCUUAGAGGAUAUAGACAACCGAAAUAAUUUAUGCUUGCUAGCCUUCCGAGGCCUGGAUGUCCCACCCCCCACAGGACCUCUAUGGAUUCUGGGAGCAACCUUCAUCCGAAAGUUCUACACUGAAUUUGACCGGCACAAUAAUCGAAUUGGUUUUGCCUUGGCAGUUUAA